CGGUUAUGGCGCGACAGUCAAAAAGCGAUAGUCGGGAGGGAAUUUCAAUCCCUUGUCAUGAGUAUAAAUCUUUAAAUCAAUCCUCUUUACUUUUCAAAAAUAUUACGUUGGUGGAACAAGUCAACAAAUAGCACUUUAUAACUGCUAUGAUUCAUGUAACAGAAGGCCCUUUGAAUAUAGACCUGUUGCGUGAAAGCUAUCAGAACGAAUUUUUCAGCUACAUCGAUGCUCAACCUUCACCUAAGGUUAUAUAUUGGGAGAAAGAUCUGUUAGCCCAUAUGAGUUCUGUAGUAAACAAUUCGGAUUUGAAAAAACAUGGUGUCAUAAAUUCAUUUCUUCUCCAAUCUGCCAAAGAUUCCUAUUCUCCUUCGGCGUGUAAAUCUGUAAUAUUCAUUGUCAGUCCAAAAGUUAGUAUUAUUGACUCUGUACAAUCAUUUUUAGUAAGAGAUUCACAAUCCAAUCAAAGUGUUGGAAAACAAUAUAGUAUUAUUGCCAUUCCAAGAAUUUCCCUUGCUUGUAAAAGUUUUUUAAAAGAAAAAAAGAUGACCAAUAAAUUUGCCAUGAUAUCUGAAUUUCCCCUAACAAUAGUACCUGUAGAAUGUGAUGUUCUCUCAAUGGAAGAUUCGCAAUGUUUUGCUAAUUACUCUAUUUCCGAACGUCAGGAUGGUGUCUAUCAAUUUGUACAAGGUUUGAUGCGAUUUCAAUCAAUUUUUGGUUUGUUCCCAAAAAUUUAUGCUAAAGGUGAAAAGGCUAUCGGAGUGGCCAAAAUGUUGCGGCGUAUGUCUGAUGAAGCCAAAGUUACAAAUGAACAUCAACCAUCAGUCACUGCAUUAGAUGAAAUUGAAAAUCAAACUGAAUUAUUAAUUCUUAUUGAUCGGGCUGUUGAUCCUUUGACUCCGUUGUUAAAUCAGUUAACGUAUGCGGGACUAGUUGAUGAGAAAUGGGGUAUUCGUUUUGGUAUUUGUCGACCAUGUUUCCAAGCUGAAAAUGAAUCUUCAAAAAAAUUCUUAUUAAAUUCUUCAGAUGUAGUCUAUGCUGAAAUAAGAGAUCAGAAAUUUUCUGAAGUUGGUUUAAUUUUAUCAAAAAUUACUAAAGAAAUUUCUACACUUGUUACACAAUCCAAGUCAGCCAAAGAACUAACCGAUUUACGCGUUGCCGUUAGUCGAAUUCCAGAAAUUCGCUCAAAACAAUCACAGCUGGAGAUACAUACUUCACUCGCAGAAGAAAUACAAAAAUAUGUGAGCACUGAUGAUUUCUUAUCAAUUUUAAGAGCUCAACAGGAUUUUAUUAAUGGCUACGAAACAGAUAAAGCACAUCCUUUCAUUGAAGAAUGUAUCCUGAGAGGUGCACCCAUUGAAGAGGUUCUUCGUCUAAUUUGCAUUCAAUCAUUUUGUAAUGGAGGCUUAAAGCAACGACUUUUAGACUAUUAUAAAAAUGAAAUAAUACAAGUCUACGGUUUUGAGCAUAUUUUCACACUGGAUAAUUUGGAGCGUGUAGGUUUGCUUUAUGAAUCUCCUAAUAGUCUAAUGAGUAGUAUACAAACGUCAAGUUUUACACCCCAAGAAAAAAUCAAUUCAAGAAAUAGUAGCCUGUUAUCGUCAAAGUUGUCAGCGAACCUAAAACAAACAAUUAUUAACAUAAGUACUAGUUAUAAUUCAGUACUAAAAGGAAAUCUACGCCUUGUUUUACCGCCUAAUUCCAAUUCAGUUAAUGACUCUGAGCAAGCAGCAUCUAGUUUGUUUUCCGGUUAUAUCCCUAUAUCUAUUCGUCUUAUUCAAAUAUGGACAAACGACUGGUAUCCUAAACCUAAUCUAUCAUUAACAAGUAGAAGUAUAACAGAUCAACCUACGUUCACCGGUGGCGGUUCGGGGGCUUUUUUACUGUCUAAGGCUACACGUAUAGUUUCAGGCCUUAGAUCUUCAGAGAGUUUGGAAAUGUCUGUGUUACCGGAGUCUAAUGAGCGCAAUGCACCCGAAUUAACACCGACGGCAGAGAAAACUGGUGGUUUUCUUCCGAACAAUUCGUUGACUGCAAAUUCUAACCGUACAACAUCUUCACUGUCUAACUUAAUAUGUGCUCCAGAAUUUAAAGUACAACUACCAGUUAAAGAUGAUUUACCUUUCACGUCCAAAAGCGGUUGUUUAAAUAUGAAAAAUCAUCCAAAUAAACCGCGUAUUGUAGUCGUUGGUUUUGUUGGCGGUGUGAGUCAUGCAGAAAUAUCAGCUUUAAGAACUAUAGCUGCUAGUGAAGAUGUGUCACCAUAGUCAACGAUUCUAGUGCGCAAAACUCUGUCCCACGUGUAGUGAAACCUUGCUCCAGACUACACAUUGGAGCCUUCAGCGUAUGCAUGAACACCGAUUACCAAGACGUGAAAUGCUAACCGGUGUUGGAGAUGGUUGGAAGAAAGUUAGGGGUGACCAAACCAAAACGUGGCAUCAGUGCUUGAAGUCACUAAAUUCUGGUUUUAGCCAUUUUGGUAGAUGCAGACUACUUGGUUGGGGUCCGCGAGACUAUCGUAACCAAUGAUUGGAGACUCUUGGUGACAUGGCUCAGAAUCGAUCACAAUGGCGUAAGUGUAUACACUCUUUGUCCUCCCUUAAACUAUGAGGUUAAAAUUGCUUUAUACCUUCCUUUCUAUGAACCAAUUCUUUCUUCUUGUAUCAUUUACUUAUAUACAAUCUUUCUUUUAUAUAUUACCACUAGUGAGGCAACUGCUUAUAUGCAUUUGGUGUUCCUUUUGCUGUGUUAAUGAAGUAUGCCAACUUGGACUGAUGCAUAUAUGUGCCUAGUCCUACGUUGUGACUGACUGACUAUUCGUCAACAAAAAAAGAAACUGUGUUAAUAAUAUUUUUUAUUUUAAAAGUUACAACACUUGCAAAUAGAUGACCUUUAUCAAUGUGCCACAGUUGAACUUGAUAAUUUCAAAUAAAUUGAGCAUUGGGUGUGUUACGUUGCGGUGUAUGCUACUUAUGUUGACAGAUAUAAGUAAUAUGUAGCACUAAUGGGAAUUCUAAUGCCUACCAGCAGGAAAUAAAGAAUAUUGAAUUGAAGAGAACAAGAAGGAAAACAGAGAAAUUGUAAUAACAACAGAAUCUGAAAGAAUCAUGAAGAAUGUGAAGGACGAUCGAUGGAAUAGUGCAAAUGAUGUAUUUAAUGUAUAGUUUUCAUAUUUUAUGAAAACACUUUUCAUUUUCAUCAGUAAAAACUAUUGAAUAUCCUAUAGUUCAAUUCAUGAGUCAAUUAAAGCUAGAUCAACAUGGAAAACCUGGAAGCACGAAACGGCCGUUUCGUCCUAGUAUGGGAAUUUUCAGCAGUGCGCAUCCACGAUUUCGUCUCGCGAGAUUCGAAUCCAUGACCUAUCGGUCUCGCGCGAACUCUUAACCUUUAAAGUACUGGCCUGGCCGGCAUCCAACAGUGUUAAUGUCUAACUUCAACCAAUCCACAAAAUUGCAUGACCAUCUUCCAUUGUACUGAGGUAGAUACCUGACGUCGAUUAGUUCCACUAGUUACGACUUCUCAUUAGAAGUCCCACAAUAGGACGAAACAGCCGUCUAGUGCUUCCAGGUUUUUCAUGGUGACGUAACUUCAAUUAACUCAUGAACUCAACUAUAAAAUUACUAAAAUCUCCACAAAACCCCCCUUCUGAUAUUGAAUAUUCAUAGAAACUUAUUUUAUCAUCGAAAUAAUUGUAUCUCUUUUGUUUCUGUUUCACUCACAUUCAGUCAUUCAUUCAUUCUUCCUUUUUUUUCUUUCUUUUUCCAGCAAAUGUUGAAUUUGUUAUUAUU